CAUAAAAUCUACAGUAAAAUUGUAUUUGUCACGUUAGUUUGUUUCUUUUUUUCAACAUUUUCUCUCAAAGCGGUCUUUAUGGACGCCGUAGACGCCACGGUGGCGUGGAUGAGGUGUUUGUGUUUGUUUUUAGCAGGCUUGUGAUAACAACUUCGACAGUGUUUGAAACCUGCAGGGAUCGUGACACCCGGGUUGUGGCGUGACGCGCACUCGGGUCGCCUGCUUGACGCAUGGCGCGCACUCCAACACGUGCGUAAAAUGAACUUUUUCCAUAUGAGCUUCCAUUUGUAUUUUACUUUUUUUGAUUUAAUAGUUAAAUAAAGUAAUAAGUAAGUACACCAACACGCUUUUAGGGGUGUGAGGACCUAAUAUGCCAAAUAAAAAAGGGCCUAAAAUUUGUGCGUCAUCUGAUCACAAAUGUUUUAUUAUGGUAACAUGUAUUUGGAGUAAUAAAAAAGAUUUUGCAAAUAAUUAUACGUACUUUUUUAACUUUAUAUUUGCUAAUUUAGCUCACUUUAGUGUCUCAUUGACCUUUAGUGUCAAAUAACCACUCUAGUGAGAUCUAUGGAUGAGAGCGAGCAGCUCCCUGACAAGUGUUUCUGUACGUCUGUAUGUCGGUGGGUGUAACGCCACCAAAACACAGGGUCAGUCGUUGCCGUUUUACUUUUUUCUUUUUUUUUUCUUUUUUUAUUUUAAUCUGAAGGUGUUCUUUUUGCCAUAAACCGCGCCCCCUUUUCUAAUUGUCAUCCAAUGGCCGCGGCGCGCAGUCCUCCGCGCAGCCCCGGUUGGAUAAAUCCUCGCUCAGUUUUUCUGCGCACACACACACCACAGGAGAGCGCGGCGGCAGUCCGGUCCUGCCUCCUCAAACACAGCCUGGAAGCGGAGCAGACCAGCGUUCCCAUCAUUUCUGGAUAAUAUUGAAACAGCUGCUUUUAUCCGUGGAGCUGCGCGCUAAAUAAAGGUGGUGGUCGGCGGAGCGCCUGGAAGCCCACUCAUGCCAGCCAAGGCAGGCUCCACAGUAAAAGCACUUUAGCUUUCAAAGUGGAGCGAAGCGUCCCGUUUGGCUGGUGGAUCAAGGAUCGAAAACUCAGGGAUAUGUCCAACACUGGAAGAGGUCAUGGGGGUCUUAAUCAACUAGGUGGAAUGUUUGUUAAUGGUCGCCCACUUCCGGAAGUGAUCCGGCAACGCAUUGUGGACAUGGCCCACCAGGGCGUCCGGCCCUGCGACAUCUCACGGCAGCUCCGGGUCAGUCACGGCUGCGUCAGCAAGAUCCUGGGACGCUACUACGAGACUGGCAGCAUCAAGCCCGGCGUGAUUGGAGGCUCCAAGCCAAAAGUGGCCACGCCAAAAGUUGUGGAGAAAAUUGCAGAGUAUAAGAGGCAGAAUCCCACCAUGUUCGCUUGGGAAAUCAGAGACCGGCUGCUGGCGGAGGGCGUAUGCGACAGCGACACGGUGCCCAGCGUAAGCUCCAUUAACAGAAUCAUCCGAACAAAGGUCCAGCAGCCGUUUAACCUCCCGCUGGAUGGGAAAGGCCUGAGUCCUGGUCAUACCUUAAUACCCAGCUCAGCUGUCACCCCCCCAGAGUCUCCACAGUCGGACUCAGUGGGCUCCACCUACUCCAUCAACGGCCUGUUGGGUAUCGCUCAACCCAACUCUGAUGGCAAGAGGAGCCACGACGACAGUGAUCAGGAAAGCUGCCGGCACAGUGUGGACUCUCAGGGCAGUGGAAGUGUACCCAGGAAACAGAUGAGACUGGACCAGUUCUCAACACAUCUGGACUGCGGCUUUGAUCGCCACCACUACCCUCCAGAAUCCUUCAGCUCGUCCUCCAGCAAUAAGACAGAACAGACUUUGUACCCACUGUCCCUCGUUAAUGGCAGCCUCGACGAGGCCAAGACGACCCUCUCAUCCACGUCCGUCAUUGGACGGAAUCUGUCGGCACAUCAGAGUUACACCAUGGUGACUGAGCCCCUUCAGACCCUGCCGCUGUGUCUAAAACAGGAAAUGUCCCCAGAAGUGACCAGCACAAGCCCCUCCCCAAACAUUGCAGCGCCCAACCUGGCGUUUGUGGACCUGCAAGCGCUGCAGAAGCCUGUUUCUGUCAGUAGCAGCUGCAAUGGCAGCAGCAGCAACUCCAACCAUUUUUCCAACACCUUCAACUCAUUCUCCCAUCAUGCACCAGCGUACGGGCAGUUCAGCAGUCAGUCCAUAAUCUCAGGACGGGACAUGAUGAGCUCCACCCUGCCAGGUUACCCGCCCCACAUCCCCUCCCCAGCCCAGUCGGGAUACUCCUCCUCCGCCAUCACAGGCAUGGUGGCAGCAGGUGCAGACUACUCGGGUCAGUCCUACAGUCACUCGCCCUACACCUCCUACAGCGAAGCCUGGAGGUUCACCAACUCCAGCAUUCUGGGAUCUCCAUACUACUACAGCUCGGCCUCCCGCACAGGUCCUCCUUCUGCAGCCGCCUACGACCACCUCUAGUGUCUGCCGUCUCCACGGCGACAGGACGGAAAGGCCUUUCAUCGACGGACACUUGAAUUUGGACCAAGAUCUCUACUGAACCAGGAACAUCAUCUUUCCUCCGCUGGUCAUCCACUGUUCAUUUGUCCGUACCAGGGCGACUCCGACCCGUUUACAAGUCCUUCCUGAACCGAUGACAUCCCCCUGCUGAUGUUGUGUUACAGUGUCGUGCAGUUUUAGCCAAAGACUUUUAUUUUCUGGUGCAUUUUCAACUUGACUCCACUGACAGAAGAAAUAAGGAUAUGCAACUUUGCUGACUUUUGUGUUUACAUUUAUCUUUUUUUAUAUAUAUUGUUUUAGACAUUUGCAUUAUAAAUCAACUUCUCUUCUUGAUCUUCAUCUGCUUCCAAAUCAAGUUUGUGAUUUAUGUUUAAAGGUUUGAGUGUCUGCUGCAGGAGGGUUAGAGAACUUCACUAAAUGAAACAAAAAAGAACUGUAAAUGGCCCAAAAAUGAUAAUAAAUGAUCCUUUUCAACAUGUACAUAAUGUAAAUCAGUUUUUAGCUUAUGGGGGGUGAGGGAGGUUGCAAGGGGGCAAUUGAGGCUUGAACUUUUUUUUUUUUUUUUGCUUAAAAUACAGUUUGUUAAUGUCAUGCGGAUGUUCUGAUGUUUGAUAAAAAAAAUUAAAUCAAAAUAAAAAUGUUACUAUUUUUUCUUAUGCUGUUAUUAAUAUUAUUGCAGAUGUAAAUAUGGAAUUUCUAAAGAAUUAUUUUAAUUAAAGCAUGACAAACUGA